AGAUAAGUACCAUGUUAGCUACAAAUUUCGUUGUUCUAAGUACAAUUGUCCUUUGUCACGGACAGAGAGUCCAACGUCUUCUGGUCACAGGUCCUCCGAAUUCAAACGAAAGGAUUUCUCAUUUAGAGACUACUGUUCAGAAUUUGGCGGCCACCGUUCAACAACUCACCCAAAGACUUGCAACAGUUGAAAAAUACAACUCCAAUCCAAUUUACUUUUCUGCAUAUCUAACCAACACAUUCACCCCUCCUCGUGACCGCCAGACUAAUGUGGUAUAUAAUGGUGUUCACUUCGACAGUCAUAAAACCUACAACCCAUCCACGGGGUACUUCACGGCUCCUGUUACUGGAUUAUACGUCUUUAGUUGGGAGAAUCUGACAGCGCCGGGAAAAGUGUUUGACACGGAAUUGCUAGUAAAUGGAGUUAGUAGAGAGCGAGACAACUGUAAUAACGAAGGAUCAACCGCCGGUUAUCUCAGCUGUACCCAGGUUUUGCCGGUGAAACUUAACGCUGGUGACCUUGUGAAUAUAAGAACUACCUAUGGGAAUUAUGCUCAUGGUGGAUGGUGUAGUUUCAGUGGCUGGCUUGUGCGUUGA